AACAGAGACCGAAAACCCUGAAUUAACUUAAGGUUAUCCAACACGGUUGUUACUGCCUCCAUAGAGUGUGAAAUCGAAACCGAAAAUUGCAUUUCAAGGCCUUAAUUUUCAUUCCAAAACUAAAGGAGCAUCCGAUCAAAGACACAAUAAUAAUAAUGGCGAAGAACAAGAUUCACCCUCAAGAACUUGCUCCUUCUAAUCCUCCUCUUACUCUUUCUGCAAAGGGAGAAACAUAUACACUGUGGAUGAAAUCGUUAGUGUUCCACUCCAAUGGUUGCACUGUGUAUGAUUCCAAGGGUGACAUAGUGUACCGUGUCGAUAACUAUGACCGAAAAGGUACAAGAGAAGUUAACCUCAUGGAUCUUAGAGGCAGAGUUCUCUGCACCAUACACAAGAGAUUAAUAGCUUUGGGACGACGAUGGGAAGGGUACAGAUCAUGCAAUAGCAGUAGUAGUGAUAUUGAGGAGAAGCCAUGGUUCCAAGUGAAGAGAAAGAAAAUGAUGAUGAUGAAGAAGAAGAGGAGGGAGAAAGUAGCGUGCGAAAUAAGGGUAGGGUGUGUUGAAUACUGCAUAGUGAGAAAUAGUGAGAAAGAAGCAGCAUAUCGGAUAGUAAACAAAGACGGAAAUGUCAUUGCAGAGGCAAAGCAGAAGCAGUCAUCCUCAGGGGUAGUUUUGGGAAAUGAUGUUCUAACUUUGUAUGUGGCUCCUAACACAGAUCAUUCACUUGUUAUGGCUUUGGUUACCGCAUAUGGAUUGAUAUGCGGCACAAUGUAAAUUAUUCAAUUCUAUCUAUUCUCUACUUUUGUAUAUUUUUCAACAUCACAAGUUUUGUAAUAUUCAGAUUUUGCCUCUGUUUCUGUAUAUAAUGUAAGUGUGUAUUCUUGUUUA